AUACUAGAUUCACUGGCACUUGGAGAGAUUUGGAUCAUAGAUAAUUCAGACCGUCCACCCCACAAAAACAUCCGUCAGUGUCCCACUGCAAACCGCAACAACGAUGAGUGAUAACGCAGAAUACAAAGAGGCGUUUGCCCUUUUCGACAAGAAGGGAACAGGCGCAGUGCCUCGCGAAACAUUGGGCGAUCUGUUGCGUGCUUUGGGCCAGAAUCCGACUCAGAGCGAGGUGGCAGAUAUCGUCGCAUCCGCACCCAGAGAUGUGGACUACAAGUCGUUCCUGGCAAUUUUGAAUCGUCCAGAUGGAUUUAAGCCUGCUGGAACACCAGAGGAGUUUAUUCGCGGCUUCCAAGUCUUCGACAAAGAAGGCAACGGUUUCAUUGGUGCAGGCGAACUACGAUAUGUCCUUACGCAACUAGGAGAAAAGAUGACGGACGAAGAAGUGGAUGAACUUCUCAAGGGAGUGCAGAUCGGAAGUGAUGGGAAUGUGAACUACGAGUCUUUUGUACGUACCAUUCUGAGCCAGUAGUCGAGGGAGAGUUGGCGUGUAAUGGAGAUUGAUUUUGAUUGUAUCGUGUUUAUACCUACUACCUAACGACCUAACAACAUUGAUAUCAGCGUCUCCUCCUUACAUGUGCGAGCCACUGUACGAUGUUGUAUCUGAUACUAUAAACCUCUUGAUUUUUACUUCGUCUAAUCUUGCCGAU